GUUCGUGACAGGAAAGCUUGUAGCGGAAAAGAAGGGGAAGGUUCUCGCGAGACUUCCCUAGCGGGCGCCGCCAUCUUGUUACUGCCACAGCGGGCGGCGGGUCAUAGGGACAGUGAGGGAGGGCAGCGCCGCUGGAGACGCGAUGCUGGUCCGUUUGGUUUUGCGUGGCUUGGCCCCUGCCGCCUUGAGGAGCUUGGCGCCCGCCCUCUCCGCCGGAGCGGUGCAUGUCUCAAGACCACUUCACACUAGUCAGCAGCACUUGGCUCCUUUGCCACCUCUACCUGAGACAGGCGGUAAAGUCCGUCAUGGGGUAAUCCCUGAAGAGUUUUUCCAGUUUCUGUACCCUAAAACAGGAGUCACAGGCCCCUAUAUGUUGGGAACUGGGCUUCUGCUCUAUUUUCUUUCCAAGGAAAUUUACGUAAUUAACCAUGAAACACUUGCUGGUUUAUCUAUUGUGGGAAUCCUCAUCUAUGGAAUUAAGAAGUAUGGUGGUAAUGUUGCAGCUUUUGCUGACAAGCUCAUUGAGGAACAAAUGGCUACUUUAACAGAUGUAAAAGAUAGUAUGAUAAACAGCUUGGAGAAAGCAAUUGAGGAUGAGAAGAAAGAACAGUGGAGGGUUGAGGGUCGCCAUUAUCUCUUUGAUACCAAGCGGAACAAUAUAGCUAUGCUGCUGGAGACCAACUAUAGGGAGAGGCUGCUCACUGUAUAUACUGAAGUGAAGAAGCGGCUAGACUAUCAAGUAGCUGUGCAGCAUUUCAUGCGACGCAAGGAACAAGAUCACAUGAUCAGCUGGGUGGAGCAAAGUGUUAGGAAGAGUAUAACAGCUCAGCAGGAGAAGGAGAGCAUUGCCAAAUGCAUUUUGGACCUAAAGAUGUUGUCUAGGUCUGCACAGGCAGCUGUCUGAAUGCGGCAUUUACUUGCAACCUGAUAAACUGUAUGAUUGAUAUCUUUAAUUAAAACAUCUGUACCAUU